CGUUCAUCGGUUCGCAUUCGCACUUUCGUCAGUCACUUUUCCGGAUCACAAUCACAAGUACAGUAUACGCGACGGGUCGACGAGAGUCGAGAGUCGUCGAGAGUAUAAAUGGUAUAAAAGCGUCCUCGCCAUACUUCGUUUGUGACCGUAAUUUUUUGUUUAACAACCGCGUACGGAGAUUGAACUGUUUUGGUGCUGAGGUAACAGCUUUACAAAUUUGCAAUGGAUAGUCCGUUACCGCACAUUAUGGAAAGUGCGGAUUGCGAUGGUACCUCGAAGCCGAAAGACAGGUUAGUGAGCCUUCUCGAUCAGAUUGAAGUGCACGUAGAGCAAUUGAGAAGAGAUGCGUGGAGACUCGAGGAAGAAAGAGAUACGCUUCUGACCACUUUAGACACGCUGAGAAACAACGAAAUAGUCAGCUCAUUAGAAGACACUGAUAGGGAUGACGUACUAAGAUACGCAGAGAGACUAUCUAUGCGAUGUUUAACUGUUGACGUUUUGGUCAAAAUUCAACGUGAUCAGAUUCAAGAAGAAGCAUUACAUCAAGUGAACGGUUUAAUAGAUGGUUUAGUGAUUAGUCUUCGCGAUGAUCCAACUGGAACUCGGCAGCGGUGUGCAUCCUUCAUGAAUGCCUGUAGUUCGCAUGGAUAUGGUCAAUCUGAUAAGAACUUUGAAACAGCCAUCCUGGGUUGUACUAUAGACGAUCAAAAACGAAUAAAGAAAAGAUUGCAGGGGUUGUUGGAUUACAUUGACAAAAUGCAUACAAUUCAGUUACUGUGAAACUUGAUUUGAGAUGAUUGAUGUUAAAGGAAAACAGAUAAGCUACUUCUCGAAUGAACGAUUAAUAUCUGUUAAUUGUUUGAAAGGAGAUUUGAAGAAGAAAAUAAAAACUAAUUAAAGCAGGGUGCUUGAUGAUAAUUGGUGAUUUUUAUGGUAAAUGUAGAGAAGGUGUUGCUUGUGUAAGACAGUGGGAUUUUCUCUACAUAUAUUGUUUCUAUACCUUGCUAUCGAUGCAAAUAAGCUUCAUUGCACUUCAUAAUCCAUAUUUGUGCAUUAAUUGUAGUAGGAGUUAAUAUAUAAUUAGUAUUAAAAUGAAUGUCCUCACUUAUUGAAAUAAAGAAUGUUUCAGGCUUUUAAGUUCGUACAUGCUUCUAAGCAAACAACUGUAAUUAUCUUUUCAGUAUUUGCACUUCAUGCAGAAGGGAAAAUAUAGUGUUUUUAAAUCAU